AUGCUGCCGCGGAUGGGCGAGGAGACGAUCGGCGAAGUGAACGGAAUUCUGCUGACAUCCAGGAGAGAUGUGGAUGCGAGCACACGGGACGCCUACACACAUCUCAUGCACCACGCAGUACUGGACAUUCCUCUGGCCGCAGUGAACCCAGUGGAUCUCGCCUUCGAGUCCACGCCUCUGCUCAUAAUCAACGGCUCCCUUCUUCCCACUGCUGCUCCUGCCGCAUCUGGUGGCGGUGCUGCUGCUGCUGGUUAUGGCGUCUCCUCCACCACUCCAUCCCACACAUCCCCUGCCCCGGCCACCCCGCCUCCUUCUACUCCUGCUGCAACCGCCACUGCUCUAGCAUCCCCAUCCACUCCCCUCACGCCCUCCACGCCUCCUUCGGAAUCAGCAGGGGCGGGCGGAGGGGAAGGGGAGAGGAGCAGCAGCAGUGCGCGGAAAGCAGCAGCAGGAACGCCGUAUUCGCCGUCGGUGGUGGCGUCUGGUGGUCGGUCCGGGGGAGGAGGAGGGGGACGGAGAGGGAGUGGGGGGUCGCUCAUGGAUGCUGCAGCGGAUGCGGUGAUGCGGCUACAGCACAUGGUGAGUGACUGGCGGUUGGGGGAUAGAGAGGGAGAUGGGGGCGCCUGGAUGGAUGCUGCAGCAGACAGACACAGUGAUGCGGUUAUAGCACAUGGUGAGGGGGGCGAGGGGUUGGGAUUGGGAGGGACCUCAACCUCUCCUUGCUCUCCUUCCUCUGCUAAUGAGAAGGGACCCCCUAGCAUCCCACUCUCCAUCGUCCCUCCGUCUCCCCUUCCCACCACCUUGUGCUUGUGGUUACUUACCUACACAUUCUGGGGACGUCCCACCACCUUCUGUGACGUCCCACCACCUUCUAUGACGUCCCAAAACACAGCCAAAUUAUGCGAAUUGCCUGCGUUCCUCGCGUCCUCCCCUCCUCCCCCUCCCCCCACUCGUCCACUCAUCGCAUGGCACCGCUUCUCACCACGCCUUCUCGCAUCGGGCCCUCUCGACCGCCUUCUUCUCUUCGACCUCCAUGCUUCUGCUCUGCACUCAGGUCCCUCGCUCUCCCCCCCACCGCCCUCCAUCCUUCUGCACGAGCUGCAGCGCCACGUGUCGUGUGUUGACUGGCGGCCCAAGGCAGGCGCCACUCUGGCUGUGGCGUGCAGGCGUUCCUCCUCUUUCAUUUCGUAUCUUCCCCCUCCUCUUAUCCCUUCCUUCCCCUCCUCCGUUCCCCCACUCCUUGUUCCCCCACUCCUUGUUCCCCCUCCUCCGUUCCCCCACUCCUUCUACGUGCCCCCCUCCUGCUCCUCCAUCACUCGUCUGCAACCUCCCCCUCUCUAUGUCCCCCACCUCCCCCGGGCCCCCCACCACACCCCCGCCUCCCCCGCCACACAACCCCCGCCCUCCACAUGCCACCACCACUGCGUGCUGCUCUCAGGGCGGGCAUCUGCCUGUGGAACCUGGCAGGGCCUCUCCUGGUGGAGGGGCCAUCUGGGGGAGACACAGCUCUAUCCGGCAUCACAGGGGCCAGCAUGGGAGCAGUGUGGCAACGCCAUUGCGCCGUGGCUUUGCAGGGGUGAAGAUGCUGCGCUGGUCACCCCGGGGGGACUGCCUCUUCAGCUGCCUCUUCAUAUCAAGCCCUGCCCCAAUUCACCUCUCGCAUCCUCCCGUCUCUUCUCCUUUUCCGUUCCUCUACGCCCCUCUCCCUCCCUCUCUCUCUCUCUCUCUCUCUCUCUCUCUCUCUCUCUCUCUCUCUCUCUCUCUCUCUCUCUCUCUCUCUCUCUCUCUCUCUCGCUUUCUUCCCACCGGCUGCAACCGCACUGCACCACCAGCGAUGGCACAUUCCACAUGUGGGAGACAGAGUCGUGGACAUGCCAGCAGUGGUCGGUGGGCGCACAGCAAAUCACCGCAGCAGCGUGGAGUCCUGACAGCCGUGUGCUGCUCCUCGCAUUCCACUCCACGCCCACUCUUGCCGCAGUGCACAUUGCGCGCUCGCCUCCCGCACUUGACAUCCACGUGUUGCCUCUGGAGCUGCCAGACCUUGCCUCACUCAUGAUCGAUCCCAUGAGCCCCCCUGAAUUAUCCACCUUUGGAGGAGUGACGGACAUGGCAUGGGAUGCCACCGGCAGGCGCUUGGCCCUCUCCUUCUCCUCAGCUCGCAUGGACACGGCUGGACUGGUCGCGCUCUUUGACACUCACCUCGCACCCAUCCUCACCGCCUCCCUCUUGGGUGUGAUUCGAGGCCCGUCAACAGCAGCACCGCCACCACCACCACCGCAACCUGUGGCAUCAUCGUCCUCCUCCCCACCACCGCCACCACCAUCCCCACCUGUGACACGAGAAGGGGAGCAACCAGUUGCACCUCUUGCCAUGUCCUUCCGUCCCAACUUCAAGCAUGGAGCUCUGCUGUCCGUUCUGUGGUCCUCAGGACUUUGCCGGACGUACCCAAUGCUCUUCACAGGCUUCUGA